ACAACAAAAACCACAACUUGCUGCAGUCUCUCUCGUAGCUAGCUAGUCGUGUUAGCUUUGCCAUGGCGGCCAUCAUCAUCCUGCUCCUCCUCCUACUCAGUGCACCGUCUCUGUAUCUCGUGGCCGCCGACGACUUCUGCGACAACGUCAAGGCCGUGGCAGCCAUCCUCUCCAAGAACGCCUCCGCUUCCCCGGUGCACUUCGCCAGCGCCACCUACGGCCAAGCCCCCGACGUGGUCUCCGCGCUCGCGCUCUGCGGCGGCGACAUCCUCGACGGCUCCGCCUGUGCCGGCUGCAUCACCAGCUGGUUCGACAAGCAGGCGCUCAACCAGACGCAGUGCGCCAGGGCCGGCUCCAACUACCGGGACUGCAUCAUCGCCUACGGCGGCGCCGCCGACAACAUCCUCGGGGCGCCCUCCAACGCCACCGGAGGGCGCGGCGACAACACGCCGCCCUUCGAGGACUGGAGCAUCAGGAACGUCUCGGUCUCGGGCGGCGCCGGCGCCGUCCCCCUCGUCGUCGGUCUCACCCGCGAGCUGCUGGCGGCGACUGCGGAGAAGGCGGCCGCCGUGGCUCCGAGCCGGUAUGCCACCGGCGUCAUGGACUUUCAGAGCGUGACAACCUACCCGAGGGUGUACUCACAGUCUCGGUGCACGCCGGACCUGCCCGCCGACGAGUGCUUGGCGUGCCUGCGCCGUCUCCUCGGCAUGGUCAACUCCAGCAUGUCCCUGCGCAUGGGUGGGCAGAUGGGUGUCACGCGGUGUUAUUUCAGGUAUGACGCGUUUCAGUUCUACUCUGGUCAGCCACUGCUAAGUCUGCCGGCGCCGGCGCCGGCGGCAGCUCCGACUCCGAACAAAAGCAGGAGGAGCAUGUUAUGGGUAAUUCCCGUAGUUGUAGUUCCUCUAACUGCAGCUGCAUUUCUCCUCUUCAUCUGUUACUAUCGUCGGAGAAAAGGAUCAAGAUAUGCAAGGAGGAAGAUGCAAGAGAAAAACUCGGAGUUCUCUUUCUUUGAUUUUGCAGAGCUAGUGGAUGCUACAAGUAAUUUCUCAGAGGAAAACAAACUUGGAGAAGGUGGCUUUGGCACUGUCUACAAGGGCCAGCUUCCAGACGGGUUGGAGAUAGCGGUCAAGAGACUUGAUUCACUUUCACGACAGGGUUUCAUAGAGUUCCAAAAUGAACUCCAGCUCAUAGCCAAACUCCAGCACAUAAAUUUGGUUAGGCUCUUGGGAUGCUGCUCUCAAGAGGAGGAGAAAAUAUUGGUCUAUGAAUACUUGCCCAACAAAAGCCUGGAUCACUUCAUCUUUGAUGAGGAUAAAAGAGCUUUACUGGAUUGGUCAAAACUUGUUGCAAUAAUUGAGGGAAUAGCGCAUGGACUUCUUUACCUGCAUAAGCACUCCCGGUUGCUUGUUAUACAUCGAGACCUUAAACCAAGCAAUAUUCUCCUGGACAGCGAAAUGAAUCCAAAAAUCUCAGAUUUCGGGUUAGCAAAAAUAUUCAGCUCAACUGACACCGAAGCAAACACCACAAGAAGAGUGGUUGGCACAUAUGGCUACAUGGCCCCUGAGUAUGCUUCAAAAGGCAUCUUCUCUAUUAAAUCCGAUGUCUUCAGCUUCGGUGUAAUCAUUUUGGAGAUCCUUAGUGGAAAACAGAAUUCUGGUCAGCAACAAUGUGGAGAUUUCAUCAAUCUGCUUGGACAUGCAUGGCAAUUAUGGGAAGAUGGAAAGUGGUUUGAUCUCGUCGAUUCAUCAUUUGUUCCGCACAGUCACUCGGCAAAGAUGAUGAGGUGCAUUAACGUAGCAUUGUUGUGUGUACAAGAGAAUGCAGUUGAACGACCAACCAUGGGAGAUGUUGUUUCAAUGGUAGGCAGUGAGACUAUGAUCUUGGAUGAGCCUAAGCAGCCAGCAUAUAUCAACGUAAGAGUGGGAAAUGAACAAGCGUCCACUGCUCCGGAGUCAGAUAGUAUUAGUGAUAUGACCUUAUCUGUCACAACUCCGAGAUAGUCUUUUUUCUUCAUGUUAUGAUUUUUAUUGACAUGUUGUAGUAUUCACAAAACUUAGAUGUUGUAUAAUCCAUACGUUUAAGUGUUGUCUCAAAUGUGAAAUCUAGAUGAAAAGCUGUAAA